CGCUACUUGCACAAAUAGGCAAGGGUGGAUCGGAUUCCACGAGUGUCUCGACUAAACGUAACCAACGGAUUCUGAAAAUCAGCUCGCAAGAUAAUAAUGUUAAAAUCUCGGAAAACAUCGGACUUCUGUCAAUGGCCUCGAGUGCGAACCGAGAGACGAGCACUCUGCGCCGUAGAUGCCGGCAAAGUACGUGUCGCCCGACCACGACGACUGUACAUUGACGACCGAUCAGAUUCGACGGAGAUAUCGAGACACCUCGCUUGUCAUCUUUCAAGAGCAGUACUUGUACCGAGCACGCAGAGUGCGAGAAAGCGAACGAGAGCGCACGACUUAUUUGAGUUUCGGCGUGAAUCGACGUGCGGUGACUUACAAUAACAACGGUAAUGAGCCCGUUAUCGUACAUAGGACCGUUACGGAUGCUGUGAUGCAAGCAAAUCCAAGUUCCAGAUUUCUGUCGAGGAUCAUCAGAGCUUAUGAGAAGCCUAGCGAUAAUUGUACGAUAAGCUGAUAUAAACUUCGCCUUAUAUCUAUGUACACUUUAUGUAUAUUCUUUCAAUAUCUCUCUCUCUCUCUCUCUCUCUCUCUCUCUCUCUCUCUCUCUCUCUCUCUCUCUCUCUCUCUCUCUCUCUCUCUCUCUCUCUCUCUCUCUCUCU